AUGGCAGUGCAGUCUAAGAUCGAUAGUCUUCCGCCCUGGGGUGGCGCUGUCGCCGGCGCAACUGGAGCGGUGCUUGCCAAUGCGCUCGUAUACCCGUUGGACAUUGUCAAGACUCGCCUACAAGUGCAGGGAAAGCGCUCUUCGCAAGCCUCCGACUCCAACCCCGCCACAUCAGACCACUACGACUCGACCCUCGAUGCAAUCUCCAAAAUCGUCAGUUCAGAGGGCUUGUCAGGCCUCUAUGCCGGCAUGGCGGGUUCCUUGAUCGGCGUCGGAUCAACGAACUUUGCAUAUUUCUACUGGUACUCCGUUAUCAGGUCACUUUAUCUAGCCCGGCAGACCACCCCAGUGCCACCGAGCACCGCCGUUGAGCUAUCCCUCGGCGCUGCUGCGGGAGCGGUGGCCCAGCUAUUCACGAUACCCGUUGCGGUGGUGACGACGCGGCAACAAACUCAGCCGAGGCAUGAGCGGAAAGGCUUGAUUGCUACGGGCAGGGAAGUUGUCGACAGCGAAGAUGGAUGGACGGGUCUAUGGAGAGGACUGAAGGCGAGCUUGGUGUUGGUGGUCAACCCGGCCAUCACGUACGGCGCGUACCAGAGACUGAAGGACGUAUUGUUCCCAGGCAAGAAGAAUCUCAAGCCUUGGGAAGCUUUCGCCCUCGGUGCCAUGUCGAAGGCCUUGGCCACCAUUGUAACCCAGCCGCUUAUUGUAGCCAAGGUAGGCCUACAGUCAAGACCUCCGCCAUCAAGGAACGGCAAGCCUUUCAAGAGCUUCAUCGAGGUGAUGCAGUACAUAAUCGAACAUGAGGGCCCACUCGGGCUUUUCAAGGGCAUUGGACCUCAGAUAUUGAAAGGCCUGCUAGUUCAGGGUAUAUUAAUGAUGACCAAGGAAAGGAUGGAACUUACCUUCCUCAUCCUUUUCCGCUACGUCCGCAAGGUCCGGGCAGAGAAGCUACAGAAAUACGCCGAAAUGGCGUCAGACAGAGCGAGGAAGGUGGCAGAUGCUGCUGCGAGUAAGGCCAAGCAGGCCGCACCGGUGCUCGUGAAGUGA